AUUCAAAAGAUUUGCAUGUCCAGCUUACCGGGGGUGUUGGAAGAUAUCAUGCAUAAUGAAGAAAAGGAGAAAAGGGCACCAAAAUGAUGCAAAAGAAGUUGCAGAGAUUGUUAUCUGUCAAGCCUCAACCCUGACCAAAGCUGAUUGCUUUCUCAUAAACUCAUUUGACUCCCUGGAAGACCAGGUGGUGAAGUGGAUGACGGAUAGAUGGUCAGUGAAGACUGUGGGACCCUUGGUUCCAAUUUUACACAAGGAUAGAAUUGAUUUGUUUGAGUUAGACAGUGAAAGCUGCAUACAGUGGCUAGAUAUAAGAGAAUCCAAGUCUGUGGUUUACGUGUCUUUUGGAAGCGCUGCAGUUCUUACAGAAGAGCAAAUGGAGGAAAUAGCAUGGGGGCUGGCUCAAUCCAACAAAUACUUCAUAUGGGUUGUUAGAGAAUCUGAACAAGUUAAACUCCCUAAAGAUUUUAAAUCCAAAAUAUCAGAAAAGGGUAUUAUUGUGAAAUGGUGUCCUCAAGUUGAAGUUUUGCCACACAAGGCAAUUGCAUGCUUUAUGACACAUUGCGGAUGGAAUUUGACAUUGGAAGCAUUAUGUUUGGGUGUACCGAUGGUCUGUAUGCCCCAUUUUGUAGAUCAAUCAACGAAUGCCAAACUGGUUGAAGAUGUUUGGAAGGUUGGGGUUCGAGUUAAGGUGAAUGAGAAGGGAAUCGUUACAAGAGAAGAAGUUGAGGGUUGUAUAAAGCAGGUGACGGGGGGAGAGAAAGCCCAGGAGUUUCAAAGAAAUGCCAUAAGAUGGAAAGGGUUAGCAAAAGAGGCAAUAAGUGAAGGUGGAAGCUCUGAUGUGAAUAUCAAUGAUUUUAUCUCACAAAUGGCUUUUGUCAAAUCCCAUUUUAAUUAGUUACAACAUGCAUGCUCACUUCAUCUCUUUAAGAUUUGGGGUUGAUAGGUUUAGAAUUUAGAAAUAAAUUCACCAUUUUUAUUUUGUAUUCUUCUGGCUUGUUAAUUAUCAAGCUACAUGCUUGGUCGCUUCAGUUCUUUAAGAUUUAGGGUUGAGAGGCUUGAAAUAAAUUCAGCACAUUCAAAUGAUUAUGUAUUUUCAAACUUGUUAUCAAUAUU